GGAGGGAGGACGUGAAUCCCGGCAGACUCCCAGGAGGAGACGCACCACUACACCCACAGAGCCGGUGGGCAGAGACAAGAGCCACCAACCCUUAGCCUCACCGUCCCUUAUCCACUUUGGCAUCCGGAACCUUGAGCGCGCGGAACCUCGGUGGCGGAGCAUCGGCGUCGCGGACCUUGAAGGCGAUGGAGCAGGCGCGCGGGCCGGGGGCCGAGGCUGACGCUCCAGAGGAGGAGGAGGGGGAGGCGCGGGCGGCCAUGGCGGCCGUGGUGUCAGCUGCGGGGGGAGCGUGCCCCGCAGUCCUGCAGGUGGCCGGCCUCUACCGGGGGCUGUGUGCAGUGCGCAGCCGCGCCCUGGGGUUGGGGUUCGUGUCACCAGCACAGCUACGCGUGUUCCCGGUACGCCGGGGCACCGGCCUGCCUUCGGGGGGAGCAGACGGUAGCGGGGUCAGCGAGCUGGAAGCUAACCCCUUCUACGACCGCUACCGGGACAAGAUCCAGCAGCUGCGCAGGUCUGACCCAGCUGCCUUUGAGUCCCGCCUGGAGAAACGCAGUGAGUUUCGGAAGCAACCAGUGGGGCACUCCAAACAAAGUGAUUUUAUCAAAUGUGUGGAGCAGAAGACAGAUGCCUCAGGGAAACUGCCUGUGAGCAAAGGAUUCACUAAGGACAAGACUCUCAGUUCAAUCUUUAACAUUGAGAUGGUGAAAGACAAAACUGCAGAGGAAAUAAAACAGAUCUGGCAGCAGUACUUUUCAGCGAAAGACACAGUCUACGCAGUUAUUCCCGAAGAGAAGUUUGAUUUGAUCUGGAACCGGGCUCAGUCCUGCCCAACUUUUCUUUGUGCACUACCAAGAAGAGAUGGUUAUGAGUUCUUUGUAGGACAAUGGACGGGUACUGAACUCCACUUCACUGCACUUAUAAACAUUCAGACCCGAGGGGAUGCAGCAGCCAGCCAGCUGAUUUUAUAUCACUAUCCUGAACUUAAGGAAGAAAAGGGCAUAGUGCUGAUGACAGCAGAAAUGGAUUCCACAUUUAUGAAUGUUGCUGAGGCGCAGUGCAUCGCCAAUCAGGUUCAACUCUUCUACGCCACUGAUCGGAAGGAGAUCUUUGGGCUAGUAGAGACCUUUAACUUCAGACCAAAUGAGUUCAAAUAUAUGUCUGUCAUCGCUGAAUUGGAGCAAAGUGGACUUGGAGCAGAACUGAAAUGUGCCCAGAACCAAGAUAAGACCUAGAGAUAUCUGGAUUGGCCCUUCACAGAGUCCGCUCAAUCCUGGAUAGCCUGAAGCCCACCCACACCCUUGACCUCCAGAGCUCAACAUCUGCAAGAAGCAGUCUGUAAAGAGUUGUCGUAUAUGCUUAUUCCAAGAAGUGAUUGUGGGCACAAGCCCUAAUACUUGAUAUUCAGGAACGAAGAUAUACAAAUAUUCUGAUAAUUACCUCUCAGCAUAAGGGUUCCUUUCAUGUGUUUCUGGGCAUUUAAACAAGAAAUAUUCAGGGAUCUGCAAUACUACUGGCUGGUCUUAUUCAGUGUGACAGUGAAGCUGCAUUCUGGCCAUUUUGACUUAUUAUCUCCCAGUUACAUGUCUUCAUAAACCUGUAGCAAUAAGCUUGAGGAUUUUAGAAAUGUCAGCUUUAUGUAUUCUUUCCAUGCACCAAUGAGCUGGCUAAAAACAUCACCCAAAAAUCCUGGCCAGACUCAAUACAACCAGCUAUUCUCCUGAAAAUAAAGACUUCUAGAUGCCUCUCCAGAGUUGCCUUCAGUGUAACUCAGCGAACUGCAGACAUAGUUAAAUACAUUGAUACAAUGCCAACAUCACUGUUAAACAGUUGCUUAUGGCCCUACUCCCUGAACUCUGCCUGUGAGAAGCUGAUGAAUCAGUUCAGUGUAAAUAUAACCUUUCAGUAAGGAGAUCAUUCCAGAUUUGCACGAUUAAAAAAAGUAUUCUAUGAAAAUGUGGGUGGAAGCAAACGCUCCCAGAUUGAGUGUGGGGAGUGUAGCAAUAAAGUCUGGUUUUCAGUCUUUGUUACACAAAAUCGUGGAAACUAAGCUGUGCACUGUUGGCAUCAGUGCUGUGGGUUAAUUUUAUCAGAACUCAUCUUGGGGCUCAGUGAUUUCUUGAAAUGCCACAAAUAAACAACUUAUUCUCCACUAGAAGCAGAUGUAUCAUUCUGUAGCUCCAUGUUCAUUGGUGAGAAAGAAUGGUGGGUCCAUACCAGCCUUAUGAACUCAAAGCCCCAGGUGUUCCCAGUAUUAGUGCUGGUCCCUGUACCACACCGCUCAUUUGAUUUAAUAGGCUCCACCUUAAUCUGCCAUCUGUCUGAUAUUAGAUGCCACCAAACAUGGUGAAUAGAUAUUUAAGUAGUAUUUUCAGUUUAUGUGUAUAUGUUCCUCAUUACAGACUUUUUUUUAAGGUGGGCCUCUCUCAAAGCUUUUUAAGUAGGUGUGGUGGUUUGAAUAAGAUUGGCCCCCACAGGUUCAUAUAGUUGAAUGCCUAGUCACCAGGGAACAGAACCAUUUGAAAGGAUUAGAAGGAUUAGGAGGUGUGGCCCUGCUGGAGGAAGUGUGUCACUAGCAGCAAACUUUGAGGUUUUAAAAAGUUCAUGCCAAGCCCAGAAUCUCCCCCUCUGCCUCCCCCACCCACCCGUAUGCAGGUCAGGAUGUAACUCUC